CUUUUCUCAUCAGAUCACACUCAUCCAGCUUCACUUCGCCUUCGACAGCUAGUCUUUCGCCCUUUUCGUCUCUCACAUCUUUCGCAGCCUCGGCUUCUUACAACACUCGCUCCAACUGACAACCCGCCUUUUCAACAACUUCCCCCUUCAACAACCAUCAAAAUGCACGCCAAGGCCGUUGCUCUUUCUCUCGCCGCCGCGGCCGUCGUCCGCGCUGAUCUUCGCAUCAACAACAACGAUAUCCCGCAGGACUGCUCUGCCAUCUGCCGCCCUGUCCGUGACCUUGGCAACAUCUGCACUGUCAACUUCAACCUUGGCCAGCCCAACAACAACAGCGACCAAACUCAGGAUGAGCUUGACGCUCAGUGUGUCUGCACCAACAACUCCUUCGACCUGAAGAGCUUGGGUCCCCAGUGCAAUGCUUGCAUGAUCGACAAGGUCCCCCAGGACCAGCAGCGCAGCCUUGAGGGUAUCCAGAGCAUCAUGAGCGUUUGCCAGCUCCCCAGCGCCAGCGGCUACGUCUCGUCCUCCACCAGUGUCGCCAACACCGUCAUCGUCCUCGCCACCCGUCUGACUGCCAGCUCGCAGCUGACCACCACCUUCGGCGGCGUCCAGACUACCGCUGAGCCCAGCCGCACUCGUUCCAGCGACCGCUCCACCAUCACCACCACCUUCCUUACCUCCGGCAACGGUGGUCUUCCCUCCAUCGCCACUUCCACCAUCGUUGGCGGUGGCCGCCAGACCGGCAACGCUGCCCCCGGCCUUGUCGCCCCCGGCAGCCACGGCCUGCUCGGAGCUGCUGGUGCCAUCGUUGCUGGCGCUUUCGCUCUUGGUGCCUUCAUGCUCUAAGCGACCCGCUCGCCCGGAUGUCCGUUGAGAACUGAUGUAAGCUAAGGCAGAGAGGAGGAUAAUUCACUCGGUAGUUUGUUAUGUCUGAUGAUUGAAACGGUUGGGUGAGAAGGGGAGUAACAUGGUUCAUUCCUUUGGUCUUUUCGGUUCUGAUUGUGUCGCAAAUGAGAUAUCUUUGUACUGUUUACUACUACAACAGGGUUGUUUGCAAUUGAACGAUAGAUGUUUUGCUUAAUUACUUGUGCAAUGAAGGUUAAUGUGAAAAACUCAACAACAUUAGCUGAUAUGACAAGUUGUCACCCUGGCCAUUCAUGGUGCUGACUUGGAACCCUGUAUGCUUGUUCCAGACUACACGAGGGUGGUGAGUCGAGG